AUGGCUGGAUCACCGGGGAAAAGAAAGAAAGGCAAGGACAAGGCUCCCGGGAAGAAGCUGAAGAAACCGGAAGUGGACAUCCUCAGCCCCGCGGCCAUGCUGAACCUGUACUACAUCGCCCACAACGUGGCCGACUGCCUGCACCUGCGGGGCUUCCACUGGCCGGGUGCUCCCAAGUCAAAGAAAGGGAAAAGCAAGACUUGA